AUGAAGACAACUCCAACAAUUAGUGGAAAAACAGUUGUGGUUGGUGCAUAUACCUUCGACCAAGAAAAUGCAAGGAAAGAGCUAUCAGUUAUGGUUUGUUUGCAUGAGUAUCUAUUAUCUAUUGUGGAUCACAUUGGCUUUAGAAGAUUUUGCAAUGCUCUACAAGCUCUAUUUAAGGUGAUUACUCGCAACACUUUGAAAAGUGACAUCUUGAAGCUCUACAAUGAUGAGAGGAUGAAGACAAUGAAUAUUCUUGAGAGGAAUAAAAGUCGAGUUGCAAUUACCACUAAUAUGUGGACAACAAGUAACCAAAAUAAAGGUUAUAUGGCUAUCACAGUCCUUUAUAUUGAUGAUUCUUGA